GCCACGCCAUAGGGUUUCCACGUAAGUUACAUAUAAAAGCGCCUCCGUUUCUUGUAUCGCUUUCAUCUCCGACCUCUCAAACUCCAGCAGCAAAACCUUAAAAAUCAAAACCAGAAUAAUACGCCUCAGUCUCCCACUCUUACGGUCUCUGUGUUCCUUCUCUGCUAAACAUAAGCAGUAACAGGUACAAGAAGAGGAGCAGAAGAAAAUCGAUAUGCACGAAACUGGAGGUGGAGGAGGAGGAACAAUGUCGGUGGAUCUCAAUGAUUACGCUAUCAUCAAAGAGGGAGAGGCUGAGAUUCUCAUGCGCAAAAAUGAAGUCUUCUACAACCCAUCCCAGGUUGACAACAGAGAUAUGUCAAUUGCUGUCCUGAGGACAUUUAUAUUCAAGCGAAAACAGGAGCAGGAAGCUAUUUUGUUGAAAAGAACAAAGGCCACACAAAAGGCUCCUGAGAAGGAUUCCUCUGAAGCUUCUGGAGAAGUGGCAGCUGAUAAUGAUGUAAUGAACGAUGAAAAACCUAAUGGGGAAUGUGAAGUGCCCGAAGAGAUAUCUCAGGAUGAACCAUGCAGUGUUUCAAAAGAAUCGGUCAAGACCCCUGAAGGAAAACGACACGGGGAAAUGAAGCCACCAAGAGUUCUUGAGGCCUUGGCAGCUUCUGGUUUGAGAUCUCUUAGAUAUGCUCGUGAAGUAGAAGGGAUAGGCCAAGUUGUGGCACUAGACAAUGAUAAAGUAUCUAUUGAAUCUUGCAAGAGAAAUAUUAAGUUCAAUGGCUCAGUAGCUUGUUCAAAGGUGGAAGCACAUCUUACUGAUGCUCGUGUAUUUAUGCUCACCCAUCCAAAAGAAUUUGACGUGGUUGAUCUUGAUCCCUAUGGUGCACCGUCUGUGUUCUUGGAUUCUGCAGUUCAAUCAGUUGUUGAUGGGGGCAUGCUAAUGUGUACUGCAACCGAUAUGGCAGUACUAUGUGGGAGUAGUGGGGAGGUUUGCUAUUCCAAAUAUGGUUCCUAUCCAUUGAGAGGGAAAUACUGCCACGAAAUGGCUUUGAGGAUUCUUCUUGCCUGCAUUGAGAGCCAUGCAAAUCGGUACAAGCGGUACAUUGUUCCUGUGCUAUCUGUUAAGAUGAACUUUUAUGUCCGGGUUUUUGUUCGCAUUUACACUUCUGCAAGUGCAAUGAAAAAUACUCCCCUUAAGCUUUCAUAUGUUUAUCAGUGCACUGGUUGUGAUUCUUUUCAUCUUCAGCCUAUCGGGAGGACAGUUUCCAAGAAUAACAGCGUAAGACAUCUGCCUGGGUUUGGUCCUGCUGCUCCUCACGAGUGUAGUGACUGUGGGAAGAAGUUUAACAUGGGUGGGCCUAUAUGGUCUGCUCCAAUCCAUGAUCAAGAAUGGGUAACUUCCAUACUUUCAGAUGUGAAAUCUAUAAAGGAUAGGUAUCCUGCUUAUGAUCGUAUCUCUGCUGUAUUGACAACAAUAUCAGAGGAACUGCCUGAUGUUCCUCUAUUUCUGAGUCUGCACAACCUAUGUGCCACGCUUAAAUGCACCUCUCCAUCAGCAGUAAUAUUCCGUUCAGCUGUGAUCAAUGCUGGAUAUCGUAUAUCUGGAACUCAUGUGAAUCCAUUGGGGCUGAAAUCAGAUGCUCCCAUGGAUGUCAUUUGGGACAUAAUGCGCUGCUGGGUAAAAAAUCAUCCAGUUAAAGCUCAACCACCAGAUCUGCCAGGAAGUGUGAUACUUGCUAAGGAACCAGUUCUUCAAGCUAAUUUUGCUCGGGCUGUUGCUUCUCUUAGCAAAGCACAAGCCAAGAAGGUCACACGCUUCCUUCCCAACCCUGAAAGACAUUGGGGCCCAAAGCUGAGAGCAGGUCGUCAAAUUACCAGCAAGCACGUCUCUCUUUUGGGUCCUCAGGCAUUGAAUGCUACGAUUAACCACGAAGAAGAUGGUGAAGAGCGUGGUGCCAAGCGUCAAAAGACAGAGGAACCCAACUUUCUUGGAAGUAUUCCUACAGACCAAGCCUGACUAGAGCUUUGUCAACUCUCCCAUUAUUAAAAGAAAAAAAGAAAAAAUGAUGUAUGCUUUCGGUGCUCCCCCUUCUCUUACCUUUUAAAUUUGUUUUUUUUAUUUUUGGUGGGGAGAGAGAUAGAGAGAUAUCUCAAGAAAUGCCCCCAGUUUAAUAGAAUUGUGAGGGAAAAGUGGAAUUGAGAAACUCUGGUGACAUUAGAAGUAAAUUUGUUGCAAUUUUGAAGUUUUGGAAAUACAUAAUGUAAAAAGUUCAUUUCUUAAA